CGGCUCCAGCGGCAGCGGCAGCCGCUCCGCCAUCUUGAAUCCCGACCCCGACCCAUUUAUUGACGAAUUCGUCGCAUUUAUUGACGAAUCCGCCGCAAUUAUUUCAGAUUAACGCGAAAGCAACACCCACCCGCCGUGUGCAGGUCGCGUGAAAUGUAAAGGACGCCGCUCCAGCGGGGGGAAAAUGUUCUUUCCGCAGCCAAGCGCCCUGGGCGAUUUACUCUCUAAACCGAAAAGUUAAUGAAGCAAAUAAAAUCCCACCGCUUGAAGUCCGCUCCACUAAAUUGUUUGUUUCCCCUCGGAUGAAACUUUUCCCGUUUGUAGCGGGUCUGUGCCGCGCUGCGCGGUCGGGCACCGCCUGCAGUUCGGCAUCUCGCCGGGUGGCGCGCUGUGGGAGGAUGCGCCGUGGGAGGACCGCGCCGAGUGGGCGGAGACCCAUCUUGCCGGCCGGCUCCAUCCCCUCUCGUUGGCGGGGAGGGCGCGCGCGGGAAAGCAACUUGUUACCAAAGAUCUUUGCUUGUUACAGGCGGUUGGAACGUUGGCCCGGGAGAGAGUUGGCACCAUGAAGUUUGUCACCUGCGAGAUAGCGUGGCACAACAAAGAACCCGUAUACAGCGUCGACUUCCAGCACGGACCUGACUGCAGGAUAGAUCGAUUGGCUUCCGCUGGCGUGGACACCGCAGUCCGGAUAUGGAGGGCGGAUAAAGGCCGGGAUGGCAAAGCAGUUGUGGAUUUUUUAUCGAAUCUAAUACGCCACACAAAGGCAGUGAACGUUGUGCGUUUCUCUCCGAACGGUGAAAUUCUUGCAUCUGGAGGUGAUGAUGCACUAAUAUUUCUGUGGAAACUGAACGAUAACAAGGACUUCAAAGAACAGGAACAAAAUCUAUUUGAAGAGGAUGCUCAGUUAAAUAAGGAGAAUUGGACAGUACACAAAACGUUAAGAGGGCACAUAGAGGAUGUGUACGAUAUCUGUUGGACUACUGAUGGGAGUCACCUGGUUUCUGGGUCUGUCGAUAACACGGCCAUUAUGUGGGACAUUAAUAAAGGGGUGAAGCUGUCGAUCUUUAAUGAGCACAAGAGCUAUGUGCAAGGUGUGACCUGGGAUCCUUUGGGAAAAUUCAUUGCGACUCUUAGCUGUGACCGGGUAAUGCGAGUGUACAACACACAGACCAAACGAGUUGCCUUCAAUGUAAGCAAGAUGUCAGCCAGUAAUGAUGGAGAGACCAAGAGCUAUCGAAUGUAUCACGAUGAUGGCAUGAAGUCGUUCUUCCGCAGACUCUCCUUCACACCUGACGGAUCAUUGCUUCUCACUCCAGCCGGCUGUGUGGAAGCGGGAGAAAACGUUGCCAACACUACGUACGUCUUUUCCAGGAAAAAUCUGAAACGGCCCAUUGCCCACCUGCCUUGUCCAGCCAAGGCCACUCUGGCCGUUCGAUGCUGCCCGGUAUUCUUUGAGCUACGGCAACCUAAAGCAAGCGGUAAGUUUGCUCGAGUACUGAUCUCGUUUUGGAUAAUGCCGUCUGACUGUAAUUGUAAUGCGUUUACUUUUUUUAAAUCUACCACGCUGGCCUAUUUUCCUCCUUUUGCAAUCUAAAUUUUAUCUUGGGAA